CUUCAGAAAUUAUCUUCAGACACCAGCGUUCCAUUAAAUUACUAUACUGUUUUUCACCAUAUACAAGAAAUAUUGCCAAAAGAUUGCAUGAUUAUCAGUGAAGGGGCAAACACAAUGGAUAUAGGCAGAUCGAUGCUGCCAAAUAUAUUACCAAGGCACAGAUUGGAUGCUGGCACUUUUGGAACUAUGGGGUGUGGACCUGGAUUUGCUAUUGCUGCUGCAUUUUGGUGCAAAGAUUACGCGCCAGAAAAAAAAGAUUGCGUCGAAGGUGAUUCAGCAUUUGGUUCCGGAAUGGAGGUGGAAACAAUGUAUCGCUACAAAUUACCUAUCACUAUAAUUAUUGUUAACAAUAAUGGCAUUUAUGGUGGUUUUGAUAAAGAUACCAUGAAUAUAAUGCAGGCUUCUGGUGAAAUUAGUCAAACAACACCUCCUUCAGCACUGACUGCUGAAACUCAUUAUGAAAAUAUUAUGGGACUUUUUAAUGAAAAGGGACACUUUUGUACAACAAUACCAGAGUUGCAAGAAGCACUCAAUAUUAGUCUAAAAUCAGUGGAUAAACCAAAUGUAAUUAACGUCAUGAUAAAUCCAUCGGCUGAUAGGAAACCUCAAAGUUUUAAUUGGCUCACAGAAUCAAAGUUAUAA